CAAGCCAAGCAAAUAGCCAUUUUUUGAGCUAAAAAAAAAAAACCCUUUGUUGAAUUUGAAAAAAAAAAAAUGGCUAAGGUUGCAUCACUUGCCCUUCUCCUCACUUUGAACAUCCUCUUCUUCACAAUGGUUAGCUCCACCAAUGUCCCUUGCCCACCACCCCCAUCGAGCGGCCACGGCCAUGGUCACCACCAUGGCAAGGCGAAAUGCCCUAAAGAUGCACUUAAAUUGAAGGUCUGUGCCAACCUCUUGAACGACCUGGUCCACCUUGUUGUCGGCAGUCCUGCAAAGGCCCAUUGCUGCCCUCUCAUCGACGGUCUUGUGGAUCUUGAGGCCGCUGUUUGCCUUUGCACCGCCAUUAAAGCCAAUGUUUUGGGUAUUAACCUUAAUGUUCCCCUCUCCCUCAGCUUGGUCCUCAACAACUGUGGAAAGAAGGUCCCAGAAGGCUUCAAAUGCGAAUAAGCCAACAGCUUAUUAUCUUCUUUUUCUUCUUCUUCCAUUCUUUUUAGUUUGUUUGGUUUUUGUGUGUUUAAUUUAGUCUUCAGCAUUCUAGCUUAUGUUGUCUGGCUAGUUGUCGGAGAUGCUGUAAUCUUGCUUCCUAUUGUGUUAAAUUGUUCAUGUUCUUUUCAUUCAUUUGAGAGAAGGUUUGAAUGUGCUUA